AUGAGAGAGCAAGAAGACAUGGAGUUGUUUACAAGGUUUUUUCUUGUGGAUAAUAUUGGAACGAUUUCUGCUGCAGGUGAUCAAGCACAGAUGGUGAGAUAUGCGAAGAGUAUACGUAUAGAUGUACAGCUUCAGACAGAUACUACACAGGGUAUAAUCUACCCUCCGGCUCUACAGAUAGAGUAUGGCACUGUGUCACUGGCAGAUGCUCAAGCUGGAGGAGAAGUUGACGUUUCAUUUACGGUAGAUUACACAUACUCAGACACUAGCUACCGCAGAGAUUUUCAGAUUGCUGUUGGAACCCUCAGUACUUUAGGAGUGAUUUAUGCUGGAUACCGUACCUGGGUGUGGUCAAAGCGAUCUGGACGACCAAGUAUUGACUUUCCAACCAUUGCCAACUUCUUCUUCUUUUGUGCUGGUACCUUGGCCAAUGUUUUCUUUGUCAUUACAUUUGGAAUGGCUUUCUAUUGGUUCAUUUUCUUCAAGAGACAGAGUGUUGUUUACCUGGUACAUCCAACAGACAAACAGUUACGAGACUGGUUGGGUCUGUUUGGGGCGGCAUUUGCCCUAAAGUUCCUUGAGGUGGCUCAUAUGAUAUUCAUGCAGUGUAGCAUAGAUGUGUUUUUUAUUGACUGGGAGAGAUCUCGAGGUGUAGUCAGUAACUCAGCUGAAACUACAAAAACAAAAGAGGUACCAGUGUCAAUAUGGAGGACAUAUUUUGUUGCCAAUGAAUGGAAUGAAAUCCAAGCUGUUCGCAAGAUCAAUAAGACAUUUCAAGUUUGGGCUGCUGUAUUCUUCCUUGUUGUUGUUGGUUUCGAGAACACAGCAACAAAAGAUCCAGACGGGAGUGUAACAAAAGAUAGCAAUGCGUACAAGGCAGAAUACAGCCGUGUAUACAGAUAUGCUGUUGCAGUGCUUGUAUAUGUAGUUAUAGGUGUGUUACAGUGGAUCUUCUUCACGUUUAUCUACGAGAGAUUCUUUGAGGACAAGGUGCGUCAGUUUGUGGACCUUUGUUCUAUGAGCAACAUCAGUGUAUUUGUGAUGGCACAUGCUCAGUAUGGCCACUAUAUACAUGGAAGAUCUGUGCACGGAAAAGCUGAUACCAACAUGAAAGAGAUGGCAGAACUCAUGAAAAAGGAGGAGGAGGAUAUGUGUGGUCAGAGAGGGCUGUUACCAAACACAGAACAACAGACAUUUGUGAUGGCAUUACCAAAAAGGUUGAGGCUCAGAUAUGAGGCUGUACUCCUACCUGCUCAACUUGAGAGUGCAGCAGCAGCAACCAGAGCUGAAGCAGGUCGAGGAGGAAGAUUAUCUGGGUCAGCCAUGGAAAAACAAGUGGAAGCAUAUGCUACUAUAAAUAGAUUCUUUGCAGCAUUCAUUGACAGAUCAUUGAGAGAUAUAGACUAUGUGAUUAAAGACAAGACAUUCCUAGAGAGCAUCAUGGAUACAGAGUUUGAUGAUACAUCAGAAACGGGGGUUUUCUAUAAUGAUGAUGGUCAUUCAUUUGACAACGUGUUGUUCUAUGGCCAUGAGAUGACAUUGUUACUGUUUGAUGUUCUCACAUUCUGUAUCAGUGAUCUCAUCUUCACAAAUUAUGUAAUUGCUGGUGUCAUAACAUACCUUCUGUCUGAGUGUGUAUGUACUGCUCGAGAUGGUGGUGGCCAGAAAAACUUAGCCAAGAAGACACUUGUUGAUGAACGUUUCCUUAUUUAGAAAUAUAUAGCAUAGUAUAAAUACAUAGUGCUUCAGACUUGACAAGUGCAGUGCAGAACUGUAUCUUUAUUAGGAAAAGACCAAGACCCUGUUCCUUGAAAUAUGGAAAUAAUUAAGCUGGACUCAAACUACUGGCAUAUGCUUGAGAAAGUUUUAAUAUUGUUAUGUGGAUUUGUUACCUCUUAUCUUUAGUUAACAGCGAAUGGAAUUUAGUAUAUGUGGGAUAUGAACUUCCAAAGUGUUUAUUAUAAGAAAAGUGUAUCGUGUGGAUUGAGCUAAGUUGAAACUCAUUUCUUUAUAGUUGUUUGAAAUAAGUGUGAGGAGUCAGUUAACAAAAAUUUCUGACCAAUACGCAGUUUAAC